UACACACAGCAUCCGUGCCACGUCACCCAGUGCCUGCACUGGGGCUGUGCUUCAAUCUUCUUGCAUUACUUGGUUGAGAGGAGCUGAUCAGUUUCAGAGUAACAGUGAGCCAGAAACUUUCCACAGAAGAGGUGCACAAGAAGUGUAAAAGAAAUUUCUUUUGGCCUGUGCAGAGUACAAUCAAGCUUUAAUUUUGAACUUCUCUGCAGAAUAUUUCUGAAGAUUUCUGCUCUGAGAGAGGUCUUUACCUACAUACAGGCAUACACAGAGAUGCACAAAGAAAUUCAAUGAAAAGGAAUCAUUAAGCAAGAAGCUGACAAAGAGGAGCAGCAGCACCUUUUCCCAAGCUUUGAGUGUGGAGAAUCAGAAGUAAACUGCUAUCGGCACCUUCCUUCUCAAGUUACAUUAACUUGCUUUUCUUCAGAUUCCUGUGGGACAUUUUUGGGCCAUCAUGAAUGUAUUUCGGAUCCUGGGAGAUGUCUCUCAUCUCUUAGCUAUGAUAAUUUUGCUACUGAAAAUCUGGAGAUCAAAGUCAUGUGCUGGUAUUUCGGGAAAGAGUCAGAUCCUUUUUGCCCUUGUUUUCACAAGCCGUUACCUUGACCUCUUCACAAACUUCAUCUCCAUCUACAAUACCAUUAUGAAGGUUAUUUUCUUACUUUGUGCCUACACUACUGUGUACCUGAUCUAUGGAAAAUUCCGGAACACUUUUGACAGCGAAAAUGAUUCUUUCCGUCCUGAAUUCCUUUUGGUUCCUGUCACAGGUCUCUCAUUUUUGGAAAACUACAACUUCACCCCUUUAGAGAUACUAUGGACUUUCUCAAUUUAUCUGGAAUCAGUGGCCAUCCUUCCACAGCUUUUUAUGAUUAGCAAAACAGGUGAAGCUGAGACAAUCACAACACAUUACCUUUUCUUCUUGGGCCUCUAUCGUGUGCUUUACCUUGCCAACUGGAUCUGGCGUUAUCACACAGAAAACUUCUAUGAUCAAAUUGCUGUCGUUUCUGGAGUAGUACAAACAAUCUUCUAUUGUGACUUUUUUUAUCUCUAUGUCACCAAAGUACUCAAAGGGAAGAAACUGAGUCUCCCAAUGCCUAUAUGAAGACGUGCACUGAAGAAAGCAUAUGAAGUCCCUGCUUCAGGAUUGCAACUCUUUUGCCAUGUGGGUAUUUGCAUUCAGAGCAUAUGCCGUUUUCUUUACAUUAUGACUAGCAAACUCAAUUGUGACAGAGGGACUGAGGUCUAAAUAACUAACAUUUCUGAGCUUAACUAUUUAGUGUGGAAGACAGCUUAUCUCCAAUUUUUUUGUACAGAUGUGUUCCUUCAAUGACUGAACUCUUCUAAUAAAUGUCUUUAUAUGUACCCAUCUGAUCUCUGUGCAGAUGAAAUCACUUCAAAGGUAAAAUUGUGUUCAUUUUGAUCCCUAAUAACAAUAAAUAGUCAAGUUGCAAGUGCUGAUUUAAGCCAAGAAGUCCUGACAAUUCCAAAAUACUUUGUUUUUUUGAGUUUUUUUAUGAGUAAUUUGAUGGUUGAUUAUGGGUUUUAUUUGGUGUCAGUGUUAGUUUUUCCCAGAUUAUUUCCUCAGCAAUAAAUAAAAACCAUCUGGGGCAUACCAGUAUGUCAGGAAAAUAAUAAAGUUAUUUAUUAUAACAACUUUGUAAUAACAUCUGGCAAAUAAGGAGAAAUACAAUUUCAUACACUCAUAUGAUUCACAUACCAUUCAAAGCCAUAGUUGCUUAACCAUGGCUUGUUGACCAAACCACAAUGGCUCGGUUCAUACAUAUUAGGUGAAAACUAAAGAAACCAGAUUAUGUCUUAGCCACUGUAUCCUCUAUAACAGCCACAUCCUGUUCUAAAAACUUCAGCCAAACUCCUCCUCAACCAAAUUUCAGCUGAUUAAAGACUAAAACAGUUGUGACCUAAUAUUCCUUCCUAAAAAAUCAAUGUUUCCUCUAAGGGUUGGAUAAAGCAUGUUUUUAAAUAUUCAACUGUAUUUUUAAAUAAAAAACAAGAUUUCUGAA